CCAGCUGGUUCCAUCCCAUUGGCCAUAGAGGACGACUUCCUGAACCGCACUGUGAGGCUUGCGGCGCCAUCUUGGUUGUGGUAUUCAGCCGAACCGUUCAGUUGGGAAGACAGUGACGGGCGAGUUGUGGUCUGCGCAACCUUAUCGGCGUACGAUUUCAUCCAAUGCGAUGACAUUGGUAAUUCCUCAGGGCACCCUGGAUGUGACGUCCUAAAGGCGUCUGCGGGCGAUGUAGUGUGACGUACUUCCGGUGACGUUAAUUCAAUAUGGCGGCGUUUAUGAUUUCUAUGGAGCCAACAGUCUGCUCUGCGCUGAACUAACUAAGGGGAGACGGUACAGCUGCAGUACGAGAGGAUUGGGGGGCGUUUCCUGAGAGCUCACAGUCUACAAGGAAAGGUGAAAAAAUGCUUCUCCUAACCCUUCGUUCCUGCGUGACGCACAGCAGGGCGCAUGCUCUGCGUUUCAUCCACACUGCUGAAAGCCAGACCGGGACCUUAUGGAAACACACCAUACAGAAAAGAUGGAAAAGCACUACAAUAUCAGACGUGGUUACGCCUUCCAGAGCGGCUGUGGGGUCCGUACCAAAUGCCGUUGCAAACAGAGCAAUGGGACGGUGGCUGCUUCUAUGUAGUGGCAUGGUAGGGGGCGCUGUUCUCCUCGGAGGAGUUACUAGGUUAACAGAGUCUGGCCUGUCAAUGGUCGAUUGGCACCUCAUUAAAGAGAUGAAGCCACCAGCCAAUGAGGAACAAUGGGUGGCGGAGUUUGAAAAGUACCAGCAGUUUCCUGAGUUUAAAGUAUCGAAUCAUGACAUGACGCUGAGUGAGUUCAAGUUCAUUUGGUUCAUGGAGUACACCCACCGUAUGUGGGGGCGAGCAGUGGGUCUGGCGUACAUUCUGCCCACUAUUUACUUUUGGAGGAAGGGAUGGUUCAACCGUGCGAUGAAAGGACGGGCGCUCUUCCUGUGUGGCUUCGUCUGCUUCCAGGGUCUCCUGGGCUGGUACAUGGUGAAGAGUGGAUUGGAGGAGAAGCCGGACUCCUACGAUGUUCCCCGCGUCAGCCAGUACCGGCUAGCCGCGCAUUUAGGCUCCGCCUUGGUUUUGUAUUGUGCAAGUCUUUGGACGGGAUUGUCUCUGCUCUUCCCAAGACAAAAGUUGCCUGAGACCCGUCAGCUCUUGAAGUUGAGGAUGUUUACACACUGGACCGCAGGCCUGGUCUUCCUCACCGCACUCUCAGGGGCCUUUGUGGCUGGUCUGGACGCUGGCCUUGUCUACAACUCCUUUCCAAAGAUGGCGGACCGCUGGAUUCCAGACGACCUUCUGGCCUUCUCCCCGACCUUCAAGAACAUCUUUGAGAAUCCAACAACUGUACAGUUCAACCAUCGCAUCCUUGGGACCAGUUCUGUAGCCGCCAUCACUGGGUUGUAUUUCUAUUCCCGGAAGAUCCCACUUCCCCGGAGGACCAGGCUGGCUGUGAACGGUCUAUUUGCUAUGGCGUAUUUACAGGUGACUCUUGGAAUCAGCACUUUGCUUCUGUACGUCCCUACUUCACUGGCAGCCAUCCAUCAGUCUGGCUCCCUGGCCCUCCUCAGCAUGGCCAUCUGGGUUAUGAAUGAAUUGAGACGUUUUCCAAAAUAGUGACUUUUCUCCAAUCGGAUGUGUCGGUGUGGGAGGAGGGAUAUUUAAUGAAUAAUGCAGAGUGUGGAUCGCAUAGGGUUUCCGCUUUUCUAUUAAAGGGACCGAAAAGACCUUUAAAUUAUAAAUUGCUGUAAAUAUAUUUUGUAUUUGGGCAGAGAGGCCUCCAAGUAAACAUUUGUCAAUCUGCAAACCAAAGUUAAUGCUAAAAUAAAGAAAAAUUUACUUUUCAGUA